GAGGAGCGAGCCGCCAUUUUCUUAGCUCGUUGCUUCCCCCUCGAACGACAACAUACAAAAAUAACGGACGAACCCGGGGUUUUCUCCGUCGAAAUUGAGCACGAAAGGUCUUUCGGAGCCGUAGAAGAGAGAUUUUGUUCAAAGAACGACCGAAAAGGAAUACAUUUCAGUCGGCUUUUGUGGCUUUUUUCGGGGGAGAUUGAAAAACAGCCGACUGGACUCCUGUAGCUCCACUGCCCCCGUUUCUUUCGCCCAUUUCGUGAUUCCUAAACACAGCCCGGAGGAGUGGGAGGAGGAGAAGACGGAAGAGGAGCGGGGUUAUCGAACACCGGAGCGCGCGAGAGGCCGGGGAUUUUUCCACCUGAACGUGCAACAGCGGAAUCUGCAUCUGGAUAAUUGCUUUUGCCUUUUUAAAUAUUAUUACUAUAAUUCUUAGGCGCUGGGAUUUAUUACAUAAUUUCCCCCCGGAAUCGGAUCCUCAUCACGUGGCUGUCCCUUGGCACAGUGGUAGGUGGGUGGUGUGGAGCUGGCCUCAGCACCGGGAGAGGCCCCCUCGCCCGCCCCCUCCCAGCGCUGCAUGGCUGCAAUGGCGCCCGCUCUGACCGACGCGCCCGCCGAAGCACACCGCAUACGCUUCAAACUGGCUCCGCCUUCCUCCACCCUCUCCCCAACAGGUGUGGAGGGAAGCGGUACCAGCAACCACAUCCUUGUGUCCAGUAACGGCGCUGUCAAGGAGCGCCCUGCACAUGCGUCUGGCCCUUGCAAGCCCCUCGUUACCUCAUAUCACUGUUCAGAUAUGACCUCAGUAUCUGCUGCAAAAGAGUCCCUCAAGCUGCAAGGUGUUAUUCUACAGACACACGGCAUCCUGCCUAGCCUCAUACCACGCCAGGCUUUGGAGCUCUCUGAGGAGCAGUUAAAGAGCAUCAUGAAUGUUGGAGGAGGUGGUAGCCCAUGUGGGUCACCCUCUGUACAAGGCACAACAGUUAAUGGCAUUGCAAAGAAAGUGACUAAACCAGGGGUUGACCGAAACAAUACAGUGACAUUGAAUGGUGGCCAACAAACCACCGAACAGCAUUUGUCAAACCAGAAUCAAGUUGUCAAUUCUAGUGGUGGAUUGACCAGAAAUGGUCCUUGUAGAGACUGUGCGGAGCAGCACCAACAGUCAACAGGUGCUUCCCAGAACUGUCCCAUUAACGGAAUGCCUCCUACACCCUCCAUUACACCUUUCAACAUAACUGAGGACAAAAUCUGUCCGCCGCUAGAUGCGUUGACUCUCUCGCUUGCUACACAGCAAGAUCCCUUAGGUGGCCUCGGAACUGAGGUAAAUGAUUGGACCCAGCACAGCCAGAGCAGACAGGGGGAGAUUGAGGCACGACUAAGGCGACUGCGCAAACGUCUGCAGGUGGUACAGGCCAAACAAGUGGAACGCCACGUGCAGCAGCAAUUGGGCGGACUACUUGAGAGCACACUGGGUGCUCUGGAAGCUAGGCGGCCAAGGAGGCAUCAUGGUGAUGACACACUUACCCCUCAUGAGAGGGAUGGACUGGGACGCUUCCUCAAGGGUGGCUCCAUGCCGGCUGAGUUGGAGCGGCUGUCUUUGAGUUGCACCACCAACCUGCGAUCUGCUGAAAGCGCCUUUGAUUCCGAUGCAACAGAAAGCAGCUCUGGAGGAGAAACCGAUGUGGAGGAAGAUGAACUGGCUCGGGUCGACAUUGAGCAGCGCCACAUUCCUCUAUGGAGGAGAGCAGAAGGUCGUUACUCCGUGGACAGAGCUGCCAUCAUCAGUCACUGGAACUGGCUUCAGGCCCAAGUCUCCGACCUGGAGUACCGCAUACGGCAACAGACAGACAUCUACAGACAGAUACGCUCCAGCAAGGGCUCUGUUGUACUAGGGGAGAGCUUUGUGUGUGAGCCAGUACCAGAGGACAGCAAUAGCUCAAGGACAGAGACCUUUACCUGCCCUGUCCCACGGGAUCAUGAUACUGUUGGGGUGGAAGUGUCCGUAUCAUCGCAUGGCAUCUCCACAGAAACUGGCUUGAGGAAAAGCUGUUCGCCUGUCAGACAGGUCAAUGGGGUCAUCAACAGCCUGCGGCCUGGUUCACCCGGCUUGGACCCAGCUGAACAGCUUCACUUUGAAUCACAGCAGAAGCAGGAACUGGGCUCUCUGACUUCCCCUGUGCAUGACAACACGUGUGUGGCAGCCCGUACGCAUCCACUCCUGUCCUGCAGGAAGAGACGUGUCCUCCGGCCCGGUUCACUCACCAGCCUCAAUCGUAAGGCUCAGCGGUUAGUGGCUCCUCGCUGUGGCUGUGAGCUGAAUGCUCAGUGCGUGAUGUGCAGUGGUCGUGCUCUCCCUCCUGCAGACACCCAGUAUCAGCUCCCCCUGUUGGACAGACUGGCACAAUUCGACCCUAGCAUUCACCCCAUUCUCUCUUUUCCAGAUGAUGUGAUGAUGAAUCUCCAUAUGCAGCGUGUGCUCAAGGGACACUGGCAGAAUCGUCCUCUGGAGAAGAUCAAGCCCAUCAAGAAGAUUGCGCUCAAGCACAAGCUGUGUUUGGGAAGCCGUGUCUCUGACCCUUCCUCCAAAGGCAAACACAAGCUCGCCAACUCUGUCCUCUCCACAUCCCGUUUUUCUCAUCAUAAGAUGCGCUCCGAGAAGGUGUCCAGGCCACAGUUAGACGUCCCAAUGAGUGCCAGUAAACUCAACUCACGCCAGCAUUUCCGUCAGAGCAGUUUUUAUGACAGGAGCCACAGCCGCAAGAGACCUCGCGAACCCUCUUUGGACCGCACAGAGAAUGCUCCAAAGUUAUAUAUGGAGUUGGGAAGUCCCUGUCCAUCUCUGUCCUCUCUGAAUACACCCACACACAGCCCGCUGAUGAGACGGCUGUCGAUCUCUGAGAGCUCCACGCCACUCCACCUCAACAGCAGUGCUUCAACUAUUCGUCGUCGGAGAGGAGAGAGCCCCUUUGACAUCAAUAACAUAGUCAUCCCCAUGUCAGUGGCUGCCACCACCCGAGUGGAGAAACUACAGUACAAAGAGAUCCUUACCCCGAGUUGGAGAGAAGUGGAUGUUUUCGCAAAAACAAUUUCUGAAGAGGAUGAUGUAGUGGAGGUUGAGGAUCUCUCUGACGUCACGUUCUCUCAGCUUCACCUUCCUUGUGAGGAGCAAGAGCGUUCUCGCUGGAGUUGGACUGCCAGUGCCAUUGCAAAGAGAAGGGGCAGCAGAUCAUACAAGUCUGUGGAUGGCCGGACAACCCCAUUACUGGGUGGCACCAACCCCUCAACGCCGCAGCCCUCGUCCCCGGAUACAGCACAUUUCCAUCUUCUGCAGGAAUACAACUCCGUAACGUCUCCCUCCAGCCCUGUCAGCCCAGAGAUGUUGAUGCUGUCCGGCCUGCACACACCCGGUUCCAGAGACUCCCACCGCCUGCUGUCCAAUGAAGACACGCGCUGCUCCACCCCAGAUACCUAUGAGGAGAUGAUUCCCCAGCCGGUGCAGCCAUGGGAACUCCGGACUUUUCCGCUGGAUGCGGACCCACUGCAGGAAUCCAAAACCCAUUCCAGCCCGGCUAGCGACAGGUCCAUGCGGCGCAUCUCCGGCUGCAGGUCAAGUCAGAGUCUGACGCCAGUCCUUCGUCACCUUUAGCCGAUGACAGUGGCAAGCACAAACAUACCAACCCACCCAAACUAACUCACCAAUGAAGCCUAGACUGAUCUGCCCAUCCACCCACCCCCCAUCAGUUUUCAGAAACUUCUGAAACAGCAGCAACAUAGAAGGAAGAAAACCAACAAAAUGAAUGAAAGUCCCUGUUGUUUGAUAUUCAAACAUCAGUAAAUUCUUUCACGGUUUUUAGUGAAUUGUAUGGAGAUAUAUGUAGAGACCUUUUUUUUUUUAAUCAUUCUUUCUUUUGGGUCACUGGAAAAUUAAAAUGUUUAGGAGAGUAAAAAAAAUAAAGAGACUAAUUAGCUUGAAGGCUAAACCAAAACAAGAAGCUCAGAAUUGCAUCGUAAAUCGCAGAAGAGCACUUUCGCCUUAGCAUGCUAUAGUACUGAGGGGCUCAGCUUGCAUUGUGUGGUACCCUUCCAGAUUUCUCCAAUAUCCUAAAAUGAGUUGUGUCCAGCCUUGCAGUUUAUAAUGGAGUGAUUAAACAAAAAAGAAAGCUAAUAAUAAUGAUUAUAAAAAAAUUACAAAAAAACUUGCACCGAGAAGUUUAUGUCUUUAUUCGCUCUGUGUGAAAGCACUUCUUUUUAACACUACAUUCCCUCAAUACUUUGAACUAAAUUCCACAAGUUGAAUGUCUGGGAUUAGUAUAAUUCCUAGUCAUUGGUUUCUUUUUUUCCCCCCAUUAGUUGGUUGCUUGUAGAGUUUUUGUGUCCUCCUUGUAUACAGAGGUCUAUGUGUGCCCCAUUUCUGUCAGAGAGAGUGACAGAGAGAGCAGGUGCUUUCAACACAGCUGUUAAAUGAAACCUCUUAUAAGCACUUUUAAACACCACAGUCUGAUUAGAGCACUUAAAUGGUCUUUUGCACCGCUCUACUGCCAGUAAGCCUACAAUAAGUGCCCAUAUAUAUACAUAUAUGUGCAGACCGUUAACAAGGGAGACUCUUGAACCAUAGCGCUCACUGCAACUCUACCAAUAAAAUGUCCCUCAUAUGGGCUUGUGCUCAUGUGAUUUUUGAAGCACUUGAAGUCUGUUAGAAACAUCAAUCUAAAAGUAUUAUAAGAACUAUGCAUGAUCAUGUUGAUAAUUAUAUUGCUGCAGUCACUCAUGUAUAAUUUGGUCACUCCAAUAUAAACUAAAAGUUAGCUGCCACACGUCUUGUUUCCCUGUCAGACCUGUCACCCAUUUCCCUGUCAACCCUGUUACCAGUUUCCAUGUUAACCCUGUUGCCUUUUUCUGUGCCAACCAUAUAAUCUCCUACAUUUCCUUGUCAAUCCUGUUGCGUUUUCUUUAUAAACCAUGUUACUGUUUCUGUCGACCUUAUCUUUUCCCUUUCCUUGUCAACCCUGUCACUGGUUUCCUAGUCAAUCCUGUUACCUGUUUCUAUGUCUGUCCUGUUAUGUCACUUUGCCUUUUUUGUUUGCUUCUUCCAACCCCCUAUAAAAGAGCUCUUCCAUUGAUUGGUAAGGUCUAAACACCCUGUGUCUUGGUUGAUAAAAUGCAUUCUGCAAUACACAAAACCAUCGCCAAACCAACUUGACAAGUAAUACUGCUAGAUAAGUGCUUGACACUUACACAGGAAAGGACUUGGCAAAGUUUUAUUCUUUGGCUCCUUAUCAGUUGCUGUCAGUCACAGUCCUGUUUUUCCAUUGUGUAAUGACAAACAAUUUCAGUUAGUUCCCCAGUCAGUGAGUCAUUGCUUGCAACUCCUUCCUGUUAUUUUAACUAAUAAGAAUGUACUUAUAUCAAACACCUUACAAUUAUUAUAAGUAGCUUUUCUGUAUCUCUGUCGUCACACAAUUCUAGCGUGUAGCCAUUUGUUCUUGUUUAAAGGAUAUCAUGGAAACCAGAAAAUCCUUAUUAUGUUACUUUUAUCUCACUGGAGCAUAACAAAAUUCAUUGCUUAAAAAAAUUGCAUAUUUCAAGGUUUUGUGGCAAAUCAUAAAGGGGACCAUCCCCAACUGUCCCGUUUCCUGCUGAGAAAUCCGCCGCCCGUUCAUCUUAAUAUCAUUAAUUAUGGUUUUAUGUCUCUCUCUGUGGGGGUCUGUGUUCUUACAGUAUCAGGCAGUGUACCAUAAGGUUUGACUAGCUUUCAAAAGCCAAUAUUGUAUUGUGUGAGUUAUUUUCAUACUUUGAAUUUCCAAUGUGGUGAAUGAGGGUUGGGUGAGUCUGGUAAUAUCCUUUAGCAUGUAAUAGUUUGUACAAAAAAAAAAAAAAGUUUAUUUUGUACAUACCUUGUUUGAUUCUUUACUGUGUUUGAUGUUCAGGCUGUAGCUGUCCUGAUUGUCUAGGGAGAAGACACAAAUAUUUAACACUUUCUUUAUGCAGAAGCAAAAAGGAAAGGGGAAAAAAAAAAAAAAGUAUGGAUAAUUGGCCAAUCUGACAGACAGGCAACGUUUGUGCUUCAAAUUAAAAGUGAAUUAUAUUGUACUCAAA